UCCUCUUUUCACCCCCUCUGGACUCUGGUCAGGACCUCAGAGUUGAGAGGGCUCAGGCAGGAAAAGGGCGAAAAAGAAAAAGAUGAAGAAGCUGGUGGUGUUUUUGCUUUGCGUGGUCCUGCUGACCAUUUACACAGAUGCAAACCCCAUAAUCAAGGAGAGCGUAGCUAAGCAGCUGCUCCGUACCAAGAGGCAGGACCGGCCAAUGAAGGCUGGCUACCCCGAUGAGCCAAUGAGGGAGCAUCUGCUCCACAUGCAGGCUCUGGAUCUGAGGGCCCGGGAGACCAACCUGGAGCACUGGCUGAACCCUCACUGCUACCCACGCUGCGACAGAAACUAUGGACACCCGGUUUAAAAGUAAAAGGCCUGCUGUGACUGACUGACCGUGGACUGAAGCUGGAGUCUCUUUUCUCAUUAUCUUUCAAUCUAAUGACCAAAAUAUGCAUGUGUUGUAUUAUUUCUAGAGUGAAUUCUUUGUAAUUUGCUCCUUUACGCCUUUAUUUCUGUAGCUGCACAGACUGAAAUUUGUUAAUGAAUAGAAUAAAAUAAAA